AAAAACAUUUUUGGCGUUGUACGCGCCAUGUUGAGCAGUUUGCGUUGGGUUCUAUUUUAGAACCUAACUUUUUUUCCCGAACCGCAACAAGUAUGCCCGCUUGAAAAUUGCUGCCAUGAAGUGCCCGCUUUUGGCGCCGUUCACUUCAUGCUGUGACUGUUCGAUGGGCAUGAAACCAGCGCCAUUCGACAGCUGAUGUAACAGGCUUUCUUUUGAACCCACCCAGUGUAUGUGUUGCUCGAUUAUUGCGUGCAAAAGUUGCAAAAGAGUGUGUGUUUUUCUAUCAACUUCGCGGGAGAGAGCAUUUUGACAGAAAUUUUUUUUUUUGAGAGAGAAUGGGAAGUGCCCAAUUUGGUCUUGAUUAUUGUGUUCCACCGGGAGGAGGAGAGAGGCGGCGUGUGGCUCUGUGCAAGCUGCUGCUAAGGCGUCCCGACCUGCUGUUGCUGGACGAGCCCACUAACCACCUCGACGCGGAGAGCGUGGCGUGGAUGGAGGACUUCUUGAAGUCGUUCGGAGGCACCGUGGUGGCCAUCACGCACGACAGGUACUUCUUGGACAACGUGGCCGAGUACAUCCUCGAGCUGGACCGUGGGGAAGGCUUCCCUUUCAAGGGCAACUACAGCGGAUUCCUGGAGAAGAAAAUGGCCAGGCUUGAGCUGGACGCGAAGAUCGAUACCAAGAAGAAGGCGUCUCUGAAGAAGGAGCUAGAGGUGAGUGAGACUUGUUUGGGCUGGGGG